AUGGGGUCUGGGGCGUCUGGCCUCGCCGAGAGUCCCGGCGCCGACCUGCGUCUGCCUACGACCGGUCUCCGCUUCACCGUCCACCAGCUGCGCACCCUCAACUCCUACGUGGAGAUGCUGCAUGAGGAGGAUCAAAAAGGUCGAAUGUCAUUGGAGACAGAAUGUGUCGUGGAGGACAUUGUGCAGCGAAUCGUGGACGGGGCAGGGCAGAGGGACCCGCGUUUUAGAUGCUGCCACCUCAUCGCGUUGCACAGACAUAAAAAGAUGCGCUCCCGCUCACUAGAGUACAUCGUGACACUGGACUCUCUGCCGACCCUGAAUGGUGAGAGCGAGGAGUGCCGUCUGCAGAACGGGCCCCUAGGCUACGGGAAGGUCAGACUGACUGGGCGGGAGGCCGACAAAUGGGCUGAGUUCUUGACGCCGGCUGGUUACCUCUGCAGGGACAAGGUGGUGGAGCGGUGGGUGCAGCUGCUGGCGCGGAGCGGGCGCGCGCGCGGCGGGGGCGGGUCGCGGGUGCAGUGCGCAAGGGCGGCGGCGAGGGCGCGCCCGCUGCGCUACUGCUACCUGCAGCGCGGUAAGGCGAGGAGCGCUCGCGGCGAGUACAUUGCGCGCUUACUGCAGGUUGAGGUGUACGGUGCCCUUUGGGACGCGUCGAGCCCCGAGCGUCGCUUGGCCAUAGUGGAGGGGGCGGCGUGGGUGAUGGUGCGCGUGGGGGCGGGCGAGGCGGAGGCGAAGCUGGUGCUGGGCGCCAGGGUGGGGGGCUGCAGCGCCCACGCCUACACCACCAGGGUGCCCAUGACCCACCCCAUGGCCCUGCUGCACUACACCGCCGCCCAGGGGGGCUACUACGCCGUGGCGAUAGGGCCCCCAUCCCCUACCACGUCCGGCGAACGAGGCGUCCUGUGGCAGCUGUGGCAGCCCUCGCUCGAAGCCACCUUGGACACCCACUUCUCCGAUCAGUCCGCCGUGGCACGGGUGGCAGGCGCCCUCAACUCCCUCAUCGACAAUAUGCGCGAUGGCGUAUAUCAGCAGAGUGCGGUUGUCCAGGGCUGUCCGCUGCUGCUAAGCCGGUACGUGGUUUGGUGCCAGCUGCAACGGCGGCUGGUGACCGUCGCCCGGCCGGCAGCCCUGCGAGCCGCCUUCGCCGCUCACCAUCUCCUCCUCAUCCUGGACUCGUUGGUGCGCGUGUGCGAGAGGGGCGGGGCGGCGGGGCUAGUGUUCCCGGCGGGGCGCGAGUGCGUGGCGCGGAGGGGCGCUGCGGCCGCCGACUGGGGCUCCGACGCCGCCUGCCUCCGCCGCUGCCUGCUGAGCCUGCAACAGCGCUGCCCAGCUGGGGGCGACGAAAUCCCCCGUGCACCCUCGGAGCUGCUGGAGACGGCUCUGUUCCACCGCUGGGAGAGCCUGAACAGGGAGGCGAGGGCACUCGCGCCGCACAACUACAGCGGCCGGCAGCUGCGCUACCUCGGCCGCGUGGCCAACGAGCUGAUGAGCUGCAAGAACAUGACGGUGGAUGAGGAGCAGAAAGCUGGGGCGGCGUGGGCACAGGAUGGGGUUGAGCGAUUGGUGCACGUGAUGGCAGUAGCCCUGGACCAGGCGAGGGAGCUGCACUUGGAGGCCCCGCAGGGUGCUCCAGGCGGUCAGUUCGACCUUGACCUGGCGAUGUACAGGUCGAAGAAGUGGAAGAGACUGAGGGACUACUACGACGCCUCCUCGGCCUGUCUGAUAGACGCGGCGCGGCGGGACCCCGAGCUUCGGGAGCGGGACUUGGCCGACGGCGUGGAGCUGAUGAGGAACGUCCUCCGCUGGCUGGGGCGGGCGGCGAAGGAGGAUAAGAAGCACCUAGGCCCGGUCCUCGGUCCCUACCUGGACGCGAUGUUCCUCGCCUCGCUGGAGAACUGCUGGUUCCUCGAGGAGUUCGAGGGCCGCCGGUGCGUGGCGGAGUACCAGGGUCUGGGGGUGUACUGCGCGGCGGUGCACAGGGGCGAUGUGGAGCCGUGCCUGGGCCUGCUGGAGGCCGCCAAGAAGCUGGCCUGGGCGAAGGCAAUGGUCGACUUCGUGGACAGGUUCCGGCAUGUCGAGUUCCGCCUGGUGUUCCCGACGGGGGAGGGCCUGGCGGUGUCCUACCCCGUCGGGCUCGGCGCCCACCAGGCGGCCAGGCGGCUCGCGCUCAGCGGCCGCGACAAGGCCGACGCCAAGCUGCGGCUGGCCACCAGGUGCGUGGUGGGCGCCUUCCACCACGCCCUGCUCGCCGACCGGGGCUCAAGGCCUCGACACAUAAAACGACACGAGAGCUCAGAGGAGAUUCUGAACAGCGUGAAGUCCGGACACUUCUGGAGGAGCAGCGCCAAGCCGGACAUCAUUCCGGCUGGCGCCCAAGACGCGUCCACCCUCGACUCGGCAUCGAGGGUGAGGAGGUCGCGCGCAGACAGAUCCGCCUCUUCGUACGGGUUCCCAGAGAUCUCCAUCACCGAUCGGUCGGACGCGAAGACGCUCAGGCGGAAGUACCACACCUUGAAGAGUUUGGUGUACACGGAGCCGGUGGAGAGCAUCAAGGAGAUGAAGAGGCGCCCGCGCUCCGCCAGCUCCACACUGAGGAAGAGCAAGGCUCUGUCCAGGCCGAGUAUCUUGGAGACACUGGACUUCAUCAACGGAGUCAGGGAUGCGCUGUACGUGGAAGAGUCCGGCGCAUCGGAGGCGGAGGAGUCGUGGUCCGGAGCGGACGAGUGGCUGCUGAGCCAGACGGCGCCCGCCAACUUCCUGGCGGGGCGGAGCGCCGCUGGAGCCCUGCACGCGGCGCUGGGGGACCUGGUGCCGGCGCUGCUGCAACGCGCCCGCUUCACGGUGCUCCAGGAGUUGUGCUCGUUCCUCGGCGAUUCGAGCGAGGGCGCGCUGUUCGCCUUGCACCGGCUCGCUCGAGCCGCGCGCUCUAGAAGCAGCGAGAGGGCCGCAGGGGUACCGGAGGAGGUCGGUACAUAUCAAGCGCGGUACCGUCAGCGAGAAGACUGUGACACCCCACCGCAGCCUCCGCCGCUGCCCAGACGCCACACUUGCGGACAGACAAACGAGCUCACAGAUCACGAGCCAUCGAAGCGUCUACAGGAGCUCGAGCACCAUCUCGACUACUUACAGCGGGUGCAGUCGCGUCUGAACAUAAACCGCGACCCGACCUUUACCGGGGUCAUUAACCCGAUCUACGUCAGAAUACCCAAGGACAGGUUCGCUGUGAAGAGGUCAAAGUCUCUUGGACGGUCUACCGGGUGCGAGAGGCCGGGCUUAGAGGUCAGCAAGUGCAACCUGACCCUCGGUACACGUUCGGGCAGCCGCACUAACGACGUGGUGACCGCCAUGCGCGCUGGUAGUCACGCCUCCGGUCUUUUCAGUAGAUGCGCGGUUGACCGAGCGGUGGGCGGCUCCUACAAGCCCAGCAGGGUCACCGUCGAC